AUGUAUUUAUUAUUACUAACAAUAAUAUUGAUACCGGUGUUAUUAUUUGCAUUAUUAAUAAUUUAUUUGCAAUAUAUUUCAAAAAGUCAUUUAAGAUUCGUUAUUUUAUCUAAAAUAUCAGCAUUGACUUCAAUAAAAUUUUCUCAACUUGAACAAUAUCGUCAAACUUAUAAUCCAGCUAAUUCACAAUGUCAAUGUCAUCCAGAUCAUGCACGAAUUAUUGAACCACGAAAUGAUUGUCCACAUAGAUCUGAUACAUUAUUUAUAAGUUUUGCUGGUGGUGCUUUACUUGUUGGUGGUUUUACAUUAACAGAAUGGAAAUCAACAUUAACAAAAUUUGAUUUUCAAUCAGAUAAAUUAUUUCUAACAGAUCCUGCUCAAUCAUUUUAUCUACAAGAUCCUACUUAUUCAUGGCAGGGAUUGAAAUAUUAUCGAUCUUUAAUAGAAAAAUAUUCGAAAUUAUAUAAACAUGUCAUAUUAAUAGGAGCAUCAAUGGGAGCAAGUAUGGUUUGUAUGUGUAGUGAUCUUGUUACGCUUUCAAUUGCAUUUAAUCCAAUAUUAGAUCCUUCAUUAAUAUCUAAUUUAUUCUAUUAUAAAAUAUUUCAAAAAUUUCCUAAAACAAUUAUUUUAAAACAAACACAAACAAAUAUUGAGACAAUUAUUAAUAAAAAACAACAACAACAAUCUAUUUUACAUGUUCAUUGGAGUAAUAAUUCACCCAAUGAUGUAAUUCAAUUAAAAUUAAUACCCAAUCAAAAUUUAAUAGAAUUUAUUAAUGUAGAUCAAUGUAAUAAACGUCAAGGAGUUUAUUUUUGGCUUCAUGAUUCUACUGAUCAUGUUUUACCACAAGUUUUAAAACGUCGAAAUAUUUUAAUUCAAAUUUUACAACAUCAUUUCAAUGCUUUAACUUAA